GUAUUCGUCUCUCCUCGUGUUUCCUAGGUCACCCUGUUUUGCUGCGUUGCGACCUCCCUCCCACGUUGUCGCCCGUUCGUCGCCGCCGCCGCCGCCGCCGCCGCUAAUAUCGACAUCGCCGGCGUUCCCAGCGGUAUCAUGUCAGGCAAUCGAGGGUACGCGGCAGCCCCGAAGCGGCAGCGGAGGCGGCGCCCGAGGGACGCGGAGGACGGCUCCGCGUUCCCCAGGGCUGUCGCGAGCCGGCCAAGAGGUGCCGACCAGGUCCGCGAGGUUGCCGUAGUGCCAGCGGAGGCCAUGGAUAUCGAUGCGGGGACAAGUACCAAUGCUGCCACAGGAGGCGUGGAUGGAUCGUACCUCAGCGACACACGGUUUGAUCAAUGCGCUGUUUCUCCAUUGUCACUGCAAGGAAUCAAAGAUGCUGGGUAUGAAAGGCUGACCCGCGUCCAGGAGGCUACUCUGCCGGUAAUUCUUCAAGGCAAAGAUGUUCUUGCAAAAGCAAAGACUGGAACAGGAAAAACCGUUGCAUUUUUGCUUCCAGCCAUUGAACUUCUGUCUACAUUACCCCAUUCUACAUCGAUAAAUUUGCUGGUGAUGCUCCCUACUAGGGAGCUUGCAAACCAAGUGGCCGUUGAAGCUAGGAAGCUUCUUAAGUAUCACAACUCACUGGACGUGCAAGUUGUAAUUGGUGGCACACGAUUGCCUCAAGAGCAAAGAAGCAUGCGAUCCAAGCCAUGUCAGAUUCUUGUUGCUACACCUGGAAGGCUCAUUGAUCAUCUUGAAAACACACCUGGUUUUUCUACCCGGAUUAAAGGUGUGAAGGUCCUUGUUCUUGAUGAAGCUGACCGCCUAUUGGAUAUGGGAUUCAGAAGAGAUAUUGAGAAAAUAAUUGCUUUCAUUCCUAAAGAACGGCAAACACUGUUAUUUUCUGCUACUGUUCCAGCAGAGGUCCGUGAGAUAUCCCAUUUAGCAAUGCAGAAGGAUUACAAGUUCAUCAAUACUGUUCAAGAGGGUGAUGAGGAGACACAUGCACAGGUAAAUCAGAUGUACAUGGUUGCACCAUUAGACCUCCACUUCUCUAUAUUAUAUGGUGUCUUGAAGAAGCAUGUUGCGGAAGAUGUAGAAUACAAAGUUAUUAUAUUCUGCACUACAGCAAUGGUCACCAAGCUUGUUGCUGAAAUUCUCUCCCAGCUGAAACUGAAUAUAAGAGAGAUUCAUUCCAGGAAGUCACAAUCUGCUAGAACGAAGGUGUCAGAUGAAUUUAGGAAGUCAAAGAGCUUGAUAUUAGUCAGUUCUGAUGUUUCUGCCCGUGGUGUUGAUUAUCCUGAUGUCUCGCUUGUCAUACAGGUUGGGUUGCCUUCUGAUAGACAGCAGUAUAUACAUAGACUUGGUCGUACCGGAAGGAAAGGCAAGGAAGGGCAAGGCAUUUUACUGUUGGCUCCCUGGGAAAAACAUUUCCUUAGCAGCGUUAAUGAUCUGUCAAUAACAGAGACGGUGGCACCUCCAGUGAACCCAAGCAUUCACGCAGAAGUGAAAGGUGCCAUCAAGAGAGUAGAGAUGAAGACGAAAGAAUCGGCCUAUCAAGCAUGGUUAGGGUACUACAACUCAAACAAGACCAUCAGCAGAGACAAGUCAAGACUUGUCAAGCUUGCAGAGGAGUUCAGUCAGAGCAUGGGGCUUGAAAUUGUGCCAGCCAUACCCAAACUCAUUCUUCGGAAGAUGGGCCUUAUAAAUGUUCCUGGGCUGAGGUCCUCGUGAAUCUGAUGUUUGAAGGUGAAGCAGGAUUUGUUUGCUAGAGAAGGCACUAUGUGCAUUUGUGCAACCGUACUGCUCUCAGCCUCGUAAACAGCAAGUAAUUUGCCUGUGCUGUACGCCACCGAGCUUUUGAUUGACAAUAGGCAGGUUCCUGAUAUAACAUGUUCUCAGGUGUGUUAUUUCUGAACAUUAUCCAGUGCUGGUCCUGAGCUACUUUUAAGAAGGAAAGAGAAAGGUGUGUACUUGGCUAUUUAGUGGAUGGAUGGCAAUAUAUCAUACUCACCUUGCUACAUUAUUCAUCAACUUGUAUCAUUUAUGCUACUACUAUUCUUAUGGAAUCGGAAUUCUGAA